ACAGCCGCUGGGCAUCUCUCCCAGGGCCCGUGGACUGCUGCUGGCUUUCUGCUGAUACCCUAGAGAUGCAGCGGCUUUUGGCUCCAGCAAGGAGGGUCCUGCAAGUAAAGAGAGCGCUCCAGGAAGCUUCGCUCACACCUGCUCACCCGCUCUCAGCAGCCCAGCAGAGGUUUUUUACAAUCCCCCCUGCUCCCCUGGCCAAAACAGACACUUGGCCAAAAGAUGUGGGCAUCCUUGCCCUGGAGGUCUAUUUUCCAGCCCAGUAUGUGGACCAAACGGACCUGGAGAAGUUCAACAACGUGGAAGCAGGGAAGUAUACGGUGGGCUUGGGCCAGACCCGCAUGGGCUUCUGUUCGGUCCAGGAAGACAUCAACUCCCUGUGUCUGACCGUGGUGCAGAGGCUGAUGGAGCGCACAAAGCUGCCAUGGGAUGCUGUGGGCCGCCUGGAAGUGGGCACCGAGACCAUCAUUGACAAGUCCAAGGCUGUCAAAACAGUGCUCAUGGAACUCUUCCAGGAUUCAGGCAACACUGAUAUCGAGGGCAUCGACACCACCAACGCCUGCUACGGUGGCACUGCCUCCCUCUUCAAUGCUGCCAACUGGAUGGAGUCCAGCUACUGGGAUGGUCGCUAUGCCCUGGUGGUCUGUGGUGAUAUUGCCGUCUACCCAAGUGGUAACGCCCGGCCCACGGGUGGCGCUGGGGCUGUGGCAAUGCUGAUUGGGCCCAAGGCCCCUCUAGUCCUGGAGCAAGGGCUGAGGGGAACCCACAUGGAGAACGCAUAUGACUUCUACAAACCCAACUUGGCCUCUGAGUACCCGCUGGUGGAUGGGAAGCUCUCCAUCCAGUGUUACUUUCGAGCCUUGGAUCGGUGCUACGCAGCCUACCGCAAGAAAAUCCAGAAUCAGUGGAAGCAAGCUGGAAACAACCAGCCUUUCACCCUCGAUGAUGUGCAAUAUAUGAUCUUCCACACACCCUUUUGCAAGAUGGUCCAGAAAUCCCUGGCUCGGUUGAUGCUCAGUGACUUCCUGUCAUCCAGCAGUGACACACAGAACAAUUUAUACAAGGGGCUGGAGGCCUUCAGGAGUCUAAAGCUGGAAGAAACCUACACCAACAAGGAUUUAGAUAAGGCUCUUUUGAAGGCCUCUCUGGACAUGUUCAACAAGAAGACCAAGGCCUCCCUUUACCUCUCCACCAACAAUGGGAACAUGUACACCUCGUCCCUCUAUGGGUGCCUGGCCUCACUUCUGUCCCACCACUCUGCCCAAGAAUUGGCUGGCUCCAGGAUUGGUGCCUUCUCCUACGGCUCAGGCUUAGCAGCGAGUUUCUUCUCAUUUCGAGUGUCCAAGGAUGCUUCUCCAGGUUCUGCUCUGGAGAACCUGGUAUCUAGUGUGUCAGAUCUGCCCAAACGUCUAGACUCCCGGAGGCGCAUGUCCCCUGAGGAAUUCACAGACAUAAUGAACCAAAGGGAACAAUUCUACCACAAGGUGAACUACUCACCACCUGGUGACACAGGCAACCUCUUCCCAGGUACUUGGUACCUGGAACGAGUGGAUGAGAUGCAUCGCCGCAAGUAUGCCCGGCGCCCCGUCUAAAGGAGGCCAGUGAGUGUGCAGGGCUGGCCGCGCAAAGGCCUCUGGGUA